GCCGGACCCCAGGGUCGACUAUGAAGCGAAGGGCGGAGAGGAAGCUUUGUCCCACCUGCGCAUGCGCGCUCCUUCUCCACUCCUCCCCCACCGUAAAUCUCGUUCAGCCGCGGCUUUACCGCCGCGACCUCUCGCUUAAUCCCAGCGAAACUGCUCCCCGGGGGAGGGGCGUAGAAAAAGAAUCGAACAAGCGACAGCCAAUCCCAUGAGACUACGACGCAACCAAGGUUGAUCGACUCAAUCAGUUUCAACCAAUGAGAAAGCCCUUGGCUCUUACGUCACAGAGCUUGCCCCACCCUAUCCCCUCCUUUCUGGACGCUGAGCUCAGUUCGCGCAGUAACAAAUGAAGUGCGCGCUGCGACACCUCCUAGCUCGCCAGGCUCGUCCGCCAUUUCUUCGCCGGGCCUAACGGUCCGGCCAAUCCCAGCGUGCAUCGAGAAAGGCUAAGGCUCCGCCAAUCGGAGGCCGCCGAUUCCGACCCCCUUGCCUCGGCUCGGCCCAAUCCAGGCCUCGGACCCGUCGCCCCCGGCCCGCCCCCGCGGCGCCCUCUCUCCUCCCUCUUUGUGCGUCUCGCGCCGCCGCCGCCCGCCGCGUGAGAGGACGGAUUCCGCGCGCUCCGCGGCAGCGCAGUCGGGUCCCCUCCCCCCGGAAGGUUCGCGAAGAAGCCGCCGCCGCCGCCACCUAAAAGGAGCCACCGGUGCCGGUCCCCGGGGGCACCAUGGCGACCGGAGCGAACGCCACGCCGCUGGGUAAGCUGGGCCCCCCCGGCCUCCCCCCCCUUUCCGGGCCCAAAGGGGGCUUCGAGCCGGGGCCACCGCCUGCUCCCGGGCCUGGGGCGGGGCUGCUGGUGCCCGGGGCGCCGCCGCCCCCGCCCGUGGGCUCGGUGGGGGCCCUGACCGCGGCCUUCCCCUUCGCGGCGCUGCCGCCGCCGCCACCGCCGCCGCCCCCGCCUCCCCAGCAGCCGCCGCCGCCGCCGCCCUCCCCAGGCUCCUCGUACCCGCCGCCGCAGCCUCCCCCUCCGCCGCCGCUCUACCAGCGCGUGUCGCCGCCGCAGCUGCCGCCACCCCAGCCGCCGCGUCAGGACCAGCAGCCGGGCUCGGCCGGCGGCGGAGGAGGUGAGUCGGGCCGAGAGAGCGCGAGAGGCGUCGCGCGGACGGCCUUAUUUGUCAAGGUCUGA